UUGUUUAGAUAAACCUAGGCCAUCGAACGAGCGACAUCGAUCUGGAACGACACUCUUGUGAUACAGAAGGCUAUGGAUCGGUAUUAUUUUCUACGUUGUGUGGUAAUGCUUGCAGCCACUUGUGUAGUAGCAAGUGUCCAGUAUGGGAGUAAAUGCUCCAGUGUCAAACUACCGGCUGGCAUGACAACAGUAACAACGAAAUGGGAUUACUGCAAAGACGUAAAGGGAGCCCACUUCUUCUGGAAUUAUGAUGCCACCACAUUUACCUGUGCGGUGGUAACGCCCAAAGGAUCCUAUGUUGGAGUUGGCUUCAAGGUGUCAGAAACGGAAGGGAUGUGGGGAGCAGAUAUCUAUGUAGGGUUCAACAACUCACUGAAUCAAAACGUGCUUGAGGACAUGAUAUCGGUUAAGCCAGCUGGUGCAACUGGUGAAGGUGGUAGGCCGACCAAAGAUGCAACUCAGAAUGGGAGACUUCUGUCCAUAUCACACGUUGGGACUAAAUCUCUCUUUGAGUUCUCCAGACCCUUGGCAGCCGCUGAUCAACAAGAUGUGACCAUUGACCCCACAAAAAAGAUAGAAAUACUUUGGGCAAGUGGUGCAGUGCAAGCAGAUAGGAUUUCAAACCAUGGCACUACCAACCGCGGCCACGCUUACGUUGACCUUAGCAGUGGUGCUACAAGCAUCUACAACUUGACAACAGUUUGCCUCACAAUCAUGUUUUCAUGGAUUGUUCAGGCCUUGUGAACACUUCAACUUGACAGCAGUUGGGCAGAUAACAUUUUGAUAGUAGUUGGGUGUAACAUAAAUAUUUUAUUGAUUUAAUUGUGCUGGCCUUGUAUGAUGAUGAUCACAUUACCACUUUUAAUUUAAAAGGGCAUGCAGUUUUCCUGACUCAUCCCCACGUUUCUAGUGAUAGCUUGCUAAAGAAUUUCAAGCACUGUAUGGCUAUUUGAUCUUUUCCUUCACAUUCAACAAAGAAAUCACAUUCACACGUUCCAGAUCUAUGGCUUAUCACGAGGCAAUAAUGAGCCCCUGACAAAGGACAAAUGUCAUCUCAUCCUAUAUAAACUAUCCUCGCCCCACUCAAUGAUCAAUUACAAAAGAGCAGUAUUUACACUGUGCUGGUGUUGGAUUUCAAAGCUUAUGAUAUUAUACUCAAUUUUAUUCAUGUUUUGAUCACAUGUCUUGACUCAAGCAAGAGGCAAACAAAAUUUACCAAUUAGAUUUUACAUGUUUUAAUGAGAUAGGCUCUCAAACGAGCAACACAGGUUUUAUUUGUUGACAGUAGGCCCUAAUAUCAAUAAACUAUAGAAUCUAGCAUAGUGAUGAUAUUAAAUUUCUCAUAAAAUUUAUUUUGAUAGUUUCAAAUAACGAUGUUGAUUUCAAAACAUUUAUUAAAGGUUACCUUGUAAUUUUAAUGACAAAAUAAAGUAUUUAGAGAAGUUUA